GGUCACCAACACAGCAGUGGGUUGGAACUGAUGGUCCCCUCCCCCUGUAUUGAGGCGGCUGCGCGGUGCUGGGCUCCUCCCCGAGCCAUGGCGGUUCGGCUGCUGGCUGUGCUGCGUAUCGCCGCGCCCCGUGCCCUCGUCCCGGUGCUGGUCCCGUCCUCCCGGCCCCGCUGCUGCACGCCGGGCUCGGAGCAGGGCGAUGCUGCGGAGCUGCUGGCCAUGGGCUUCAGCCAGGCGCAGGCCCGGCGGCUCCUCCUGCUGCAGCCGGGGCUCGAGCCGCAGCGGCGGGUGGACACGGCGGCGCAGCUGCUGCUGCUGGGGCUGAGCGCGGAGGCCGCGCUGGGGCUGAUGGAGCGGAGCCCGAAGCUGCUGCGGAUGGGGAGCGCGCAGCUCAAGGAGCGCGCCGGGUACCUGCGGCGGCUGGGGCUGGAAGGAGCCCGGCUGCAGAGCUUGACGGGCCGCUGCCCCGAGGUGCUGACGCUGCCCCGGCGGAGGAUGGAGGCGGUGGUGCGGCUGCUGCGGGAGCGGUGCCUGUUCACGGCCGAGCAGCUGGCGGAGCUGCUGCGGAGCUGCCCCCGCGUGCUGCUGGAGGAGCCGGGCCGCGUGCAGCUCCACUUCCAGUACGCGUACUUCAGGAUGGGCGUCCGGCACAAGGAGAUGGUGAAGGCCCGGCUGUUCUGCACGCCCUUCGCCGAGCUCAGGAACCGCCACAUCUUCCUGGAGCGCCGGGGGCUGUACCGCACCCCGCACAAGGGGCAGAGCCAGAGCGACAACCCGGCGCUGCGGGACGUGCUGCGGCCGGACGACGGAGACUUCGUGGCCGGCACAGCCCGCGCAACAAGCCAGGAGUACGAGGUGUUCAAACGGCUGCUGGCACGGGAGGAGGAGGAGCAGGAGAUGGAGGAGGAGGAGGAUGAAGAGGAGGACGAAGAGGAAGAGGAGGGCAGUGCUGCACUGCACGCACAUGGAGAUGACAAGGACCUGCCCAGCACCGAGCCCUCCCGAGCUGCCCCGCGUCCCCCCCCAGCUCAUUGACCAGCUGCUCCACACAAUAUAGCGUUUCUAUAAAGUGUUUUUAUUUAUUUAUUAAAAACAAAACAAAAC